AUGAGUCAAGCAGCACAACAACAACCACCAUUGCAAACUCAAUACCAACGAUUACCAUUGCAACCCUCGCUCCCAUAUGUUAACAUGGUGAAACGCAUUUUGGAUGGGACUACUUUCAACGACUAUGCAACUAUUGUUCCAAAUCAAAAUGCCGAAUAUGCAUGUAAAUUUUAUAAGUCUACAAGCUUCUACAAUAAAUGGGAAUUUUUUGCUCUCUGGGUCCCACAUCAUAAUGGUGUUUCAGAUGGAUUGAAACAAAAACAAAGUAAUUUAUACAAAAAUAUGCAUUCGAAGGUCUUCAGCAAAAAGUAA